AUGGCGACUUCUUCCUCUUCCCCUUCAAUCAAAAUUGACAGUUUGCUUGGGAUGAUUACUCUUCGUCUCAAGGACGAUAAUUUUCACAAGUGGAGUUUUCAAUUGGAAUCCGUUCUUCAGGGUUAUGAUCUUUUUGGGCAUUUUGACGAAACUGAUAUUGCUCAUCCUCGCUUUGCUAUUGUUGAUGAGGUGGGUGUUACAUCUGAAGUUACUGCUGCUUACAAGGAUUGGAUUCGCACCGAUAAGGCUUUACUCAGUUUGCUCAUUGCCACUCUCUCUGAUGAGGCCAUAGAGUAUGUUAUUGGCACCAAGACUGCUUGUGACGCCUGGCUAAGUCUUUCUGAUCGUUAUGCGUCGAUUUCUAGGGCACGAAUCAAUCAUUUGAAGACUGAAUUACAGACGGCCCAGAAGGGUGGAGACUCGAUCGAGCGCUUUCUCUUGCGUUUGAAAACGGUCCGUGACCAAUUAGUUCAAGCUGGGGUUAAGGUGUCUGAUGAUGACUUUAUGAUUGCUACUCUUAAUGGCCUCCCUCAGGAAUAUGACAUGAUCAAGACGGUUUUGAUUGCAAGGGAUACUCCAAUUUCUUUGAAGGAUUUUCGCGCUCAAUUGCUAGCUGCAGAGCAAACUGUAGAAGCUCGAUUGGUUCCUCACUCUGCGAUGUUUGUUACUCCGUCGUCUUCGUCAUAUGCUUCUGUGAAUGCUAUGGGCCUUUCUAAUUAUGGUAUGGGUUUAUUGCCUACUCUAUCUUCUUUACCAGUUGCCUAUAUGGGGUCCUAUGAUCGGUCUGUUCUGCCAUCAUUAGAUCGCAAUUUUGGUUCAAGACCUGUUCUUGGUAACAAUGGUGGUUUUAGUCGUUUUAACGAUCAUCAACAUCACGGUAUUGGCAAUAGCCAGCACGGAGGUUUUUCUGGUUUUCCUAAUCAUUCUGGUUCUGGAAGAGCAAACGGGGGUCACACGGCUGCUAAUUGUUAUUUUCGCCAUGAGGCAAGCUCUUCUAGGCAUGGGUCUCAGGUUAUUGAAUGUCAAAUCUGUGGUAAGAAGGGUCAUGGAGCCUUGGAUUAUUUCCAUAGAUCCAACUAUGUCUAUCAGGGUCAAGCUCCUCCUUCCAACCUUUCUGCUAUGACUGCCCAAACUUCCUAUGUGCCUGAUCAAGUCUGGAUUGCAGAUAGUGGGGCUUCUCAUCACAUGGUGUCUGAUAUUUCCUCAUUAAAUCAUGUUGCUCCUUGUGAAUCUACAGAGCAAGUGAUUGUUGGUAAUGGAGAAGGUUUGAAAAUUAAACACAUUGGUACCACUGCCAUUGCCUGUGCUUCUACUUCUCUUAAACUGCCAUCAGAUCGAGUCACCAAGACAAUCCUCCUAAAAGGUCGGAGUAACAAUGGAUUGUAUCCAAUUCCCUCUGUUGUAUCCUCUCAUUGCUUGUCCAAGAAAGUAGCUUUGCUUGGUCAACAUGUUAAGUCUUCCAUUUGGCAUCACAGACUUGGCCAUCCAACGAAUGAAGUGGUGCAAUCAAUGCUUAAAGCCUCUGGUUUGCAGUGUGCAAAUGACUUUUCAAAUUCGAAUCCCUUGUGUUCAGCUUGUCUUCAAGGGAAGAUGCAUCGGCUUCCAUUUCCUAUUAGACAUAGUAGGUCUGAAAUUCCUUUUCAUACAGUUCAUAGCGACGUAUGGGGACCUUCUCAUUACAAAUAUGUGAGGAGUGAUGGUGGUGGUGAGUUUCUUAGCAAGGUUUUUACAGAUUUUUUGGCUUCUAAGGGAAUUGUGCAUCGUUUGUCCUGCCCUUAUACUCCGCAGCAGAAUGGACUGGCAGAGCGGAAGAAUAGGCAUAUUAUUGAAACAGCCAUUACCCUGUUAACUGCAGCAGCCUUGCCAGGUCAGUUUUGGUUUCAUUCCACUGCUCAUGCUGUGUAUCUUAUAAAUCGAAUGCCCAGCUAUGUUUUACAUAAUCAGUCUCCUUAUUUUUGUUUAUUUGGCCAUCAUCCUGAUCUUGCUUCUUUGAAAAUAUUUGGUACUGCGGUAUAUCCAUAUCUGAGACAUUAUAAUGUGCAUAAGUUACAACCGCGAACCACUCAGUGCGUGUUCUUGGGAUAUUCACCUGGUUACAAGGGAGUUAUUUGCUACAAUCGAAUUACUGCAAAAUGUGUAAUCUCAAGGCAUGUUCUUCAUGAUGAAGCUAUAUUUCCUUUUAAGCAAAUUAACCCUGGUAUAUGUGGGCAGUCUUCUCAGUUUUCUUCUACUGCAUCAGUGGCUCCUGUCAUUGUUUCUCUGCCUUCAAGGCCUUAUCAAGCUUCUCUUAAUGCUCAAGAUCCAUCGUCUCUAGCCUCUGAUACACAAGUAUCUACUUCUCAGUCUCAGUCCAUCUCAUCUACUCAUGAGUCUUUAUCUCCCAUCCAACAUCAAGCAUCGUUGGAUGAUAUUCUGGUGGCUUCUACAGGUUCUGUACCUGUGUUGAAUGAACAACAAUUACAAGUUAUGUUUCCGUUUGAGGUCUCUGAUGCUUCCUCUUCUUCUGUUAGCACUCAGGACAAAUCAAUUUCUAAUGCUUCCUCUUCUUCUGUCAGUACUCAAGACUCAUCGGUUUCUUUAUUUCCUAUCAAUAAUCAUUCCAUGAUUACUCGGGCCAAAAAUGGUAUAGUUCAAAACAAACAGUUUCCAGAUUAUCAAGGUUAUUUUACAUGUCUUCAUGCUAUUCCUGAAUUAGAUGAGCCUUCUAGUUUUAAGGUGGCCUCUUUUUCUUCUGAGUGGAGGCAGGCUAUGAAAGAGGAGAUUGAUGCUCUUCAUAUGCAAGGCACAUGGCUUUUAGUUCCUAAUCCAGGUGAUAAAAAUAUUAUUGGCAGUAAGUGGGUUUAUAAAAUAAAGAGAAAUCCAGAUGGUACAGUGGGUAGAUAUAAGGCUAGACUUGUUGCUCAGGGGUUCAGUCAAGAGCCUGGUUUUGACUUUGGGGAAACCUUCAGUCCUGUUGUUAGACACACAACAGUAAGGUUAGUAUUAAGCAUAGCUGCUAUGAACCAGUGGAAACUACGACAACUUGAUGUCAAGAACGCUUUCCUACAUGGCGAUCUUGAAGAAGAAGCUCCAAGGGCAUGGAAUGCCAAAUUCACAGGUUCUAGUGAUCAGUUGAUUCAAAGAGUGGUUACAGACUUAAGUGAGGUGUUUGAAAUGAAAGAUAUGGGGCAGCUCACUUUUUUCUUAAGUCUGCAGAUUUCCUAUAAUUCCUCUGGUGACAUAUUCGUGAGUCAAACUAAGUAUGCCAAGGAUCUACUACAUAAAGCCGGCAUGAGUUCAUGUAGAGCUUGUGCAACACCUUGUAAGCCACACACUCAAGUGUUACAGACUGAUGGUGAGCCCUUGGCAGAUCCCACUAUUUUUCGCAGUCUAGUAGGUGCUUUACAGUAUCUAACAUUUACAAGACCUGAUCUGGCCUAUGCUGUGAAUCAUGUGUGUCAAUAUAUGAAUAAUCCUACUGAGGUUCACUAUUUUUUGGUGAAGCGUAUUCUCAGAUAUGUACAGGGUACAUUAGAAUAUGGAAUCAGUUUUACAAAGGGUCCUUGGCAGCUUAAUGCAUACAGUGAUGCAGAUUGGGCAGGGGAUAUCAAUACUAGAAGAUCUACAACCGGAUCUGUAGUAUUCUUGGGUAGUAAUCCUAUCUCCUGGCAGUCCAAGAAGCAAGGUUCUGUGUCUAGGAGUUCAACAGAGGCAGAAUACAGGGCCUUAGUAAACACAGCUGCUGACUUGUCAUGGAUUCGACAGGUUCUCUUGGAUCUGAAGAUGUUUCUGCCAGAUGCUCCUCUUAUGUAUUGUGACAACUUAUCAGCACUGGCUUUAAGCUCAAACUCAGUUUACCAUUCUCGAAUUAAGCAUUUGGAUAUAGACUUCCACUUUGUGAGAGAGAAGGUACAAAGAAAGGAUCUUAUUGUCCAGUACAUACCUACUGAAGAACAAAUAGCAGAUGUUUUUACAAAGGGGUUACACAGUCCCAUUUUCUUACAGCACUGUCUUCAUCUUAGACUGAGGAGUUCAGCUAGGUAG